AUGUUGUUCCAUAUGUGGACCCUCCUCUUGUGGGCCAACAUUACCCUUGCUACCCGGUCGCUUAUGGCAACCUCGUUAGUUACAUGUUCUGAAAAAUCAUUAAUUACUCCAUCUUACUUCAAUGUUACUUUCAAUCCUGAUGAUCUUUCUUUGCGGUACAACAUCGACUUGACCACUGACAUCAGUGGAUAUGUCAUCGGUCAUGUGUAUGUGUACGCCUAUGGGUUUUUGCUAAUCGAAGAUAAAAUCGACUUGUGUAGCUUGGGAUGGAAACAGUUUUGUCCGGUGUACCCAGGUUCUUUGCAAAUCGACAGUAUCCAGUAUAUCAGCAAGAAGACUGCGGCACUUCUUCCCGGAAUUGCCUACCAGGUUCCUGACAUCGAUGCCAUUGUGAAGGUGUACGUGGUGGAUAGAGAUUCGGGAGAAACCCUCAGUUGUUUGCAAUCAAGUUUUUCCAAUGGGAAGACCGUGUCUCAGGUGGGAGCCAAGUGGGCAACUGCCGUUAUUGCUGGGUUGGGGUUGUUGAUUGCCGCCUUUUUGUCGACUUUUGGAAACUCCAACGCCGCUUCCAACGUUUCUGCCAAUGCCGUUUCCUUGUUCUUGUACUUCCAAUCUGUUGUAGUUGUUAGUAUGCAAAGUGUCGACAGAUUACCACCAAUUGCUUCGGCGUGGGCAGAGAACUUGGCCUGGUCUAUGGGAUUGAUCAGAGUCAAGUUCAUGCAAGAUAUCUUCAGAUGGUAUGUCCAAAGUACUGGUGGAACUCCCACCACCUAUUUUAUGGGUACCACCAAACAGAUCUUGGUGCAAAGAGCGUAUGACUACUUGGAGAAUUUACAUUCGUAUGUGAAAAGAGGUCUUGAAUACUCUCUUCAUUCAAACUCCAAUUUGAUUGUGUUGAGAGGAAUCAAGAGAAUCGGUUAUGAUAGUCACAUUGAACCUACCUCCAUAGUCGCAACUGGCUUUACGUUUUUUGUGUUGAUUGGGUACUUGUUGAUAUUCAUUUUGUUCAUCCUCAAGCAGAUUGUAGACUUGUUGAUUCAAACCAAGAAAUUGAAUCCUAAUAGCUUUAACUACUUUAGGAGAUCUUUCGGCACCAUUAUCAAGGGUACCACUUUAAGAUACAUUUACAUUGGUUUCACUCAGUUGGUGAUUUUGUCGUUGUGGGAGUUCACCCAAAACGAUUCUCCAGCCAUGAUUGUGUUGUCAGUCUUAUCUUUGUUGAUGGUUUUUGCCGUGAUUGGUUGGUCUCUUUACAGAACUUUCAGAGUGGGUAAGGCUUCUAUCCAACAGUUCAACAAUCCAGCGGCUUUGUUGUAUGGUGAUGAAACCAUAUUGAAUAAGUAUGGUUUCUGCUAUACCAUGUUCAAUGCCUCAAAAUAUUGGUUUGGUACUGUGAUUGUGGCUUACAACCUCAUCAAAGGUAUUUUCAUUAGUUUGUGCCAACCGGCUGCCAAGGUUUCUGUGGUGGUGGUGUUCGUGCUUGAUUUAGCUUACACCAUUUACUUGUUCACUCAAGCACCCUACUUGAAUAAGCCGACAAACAUUAUCAAUUAUAUUAUGGCGAUUGUCAUCACCAUCAACUCAUUCCUUUUCAUGUUCUUUUCGGACUUGUUUGGCCAACCUGCUCCGGUAGCUUCCAUUAUGGCCUGGGUGUUCUUCAUUUUGAAUGCUGCAUUUUCGUUGAUUUUGUUGCUUUUCAUCAUUGUUUUCAGUGCUUUAAGCGUUCUUUCUAAGAACCCUGAUGCUCGUUUUGCUCCAGCAAAAGAUGACAGAACCUCUUUCCAAAGAAUGUCGUCCAUAAAGCGGAAUUCUCAAUACUCCGAGGAAAAGACUGCUCACCAUAGUGCCAAUGAAUUGAUGGCGUUGGGUGUGGCUGCGCAAGAUCAUACCACCAACUGGGAACAAGAAAUGUAUAAGUUAGGUAACGUUUCAGCAGGUACCGCUCAACCUUCCAGUGAUAAAGACAUUUUAACCCCAGAACUUGGGCAUGAAAAAUCAAGUGAGGUUGAUUUUGAAGAAACCGAACAACACAAUAGUACUGAGUCGAUUGAUGAACCUCAAAGCUUUUUGGGUGCUCGAUUGAAGAGUUUGUCAAGGUCUUUGUCAAAGAAGAAGAAAACAGAUAAUAAUGCAAAUGAUGGAAACUUAACCAGAUUAAGUGAUACCUUGAUGCAUGAGGACAGUUUCUCUCAUCCGGAACCAACUAUUUCCCACCAGAGAAACCAGUCAAACUACUCAGACUUUGUCAAUAACCCAACUGACAAGAGAAACGUUGUAUGA